GUCAACCGUGCUGUCCUAUGGAUAGCACGAGCACGUACGUUAUUCAAUCUAUAUGUCAUGUCGACAUUUGUCAGAUUCUUCAAAUAAUGGAGAGUUUGUGAGAUUAUUUCAGUUUUUUAGUUGUUUAUUAGCCUUAAAUAUAGUUUUAAAUGUGCAGACGGAUGCUAUCCGCAUAGAUAAUUAAGCAUUAACAAAAUACAAAGUAUGGGAAGCACUGCAAAAGCUGUGGUAACCGGUUUUAUAUGUCGACUAUGCUCUGAACAAAAAAAAGUUGUGAUCCACUUGUACACAGAGAAGGCGAAGAAAUUAGAAUUACUCAAGAAAAUCAAGUUAUUACCUAUAUCUGUCGACAAAUUUGAUAAUCUACCAAAAACGAUAUGUGAGCAGUGUGUCGUUAGGCUUGAAAUUCAGUACAAUUUGGUGGUGAAAAUAAGGAAAAACAACGAUAUACAGCGCUGCCACAGGUUACACCACGUAUGUAAUAUGUCGUGAUAAAUUACAUACUGAUCCAAACAAGCUGAUAAGAAAAAAAUGAGGAAUGGUAGAUGUCCACCAGAAUGCCCAUUCAAUGGUCUUGAUCUCCCACCGUGGUCAGAAGAAGUAAACACCGAAGAGUCACCUGAAGCAUAACAUUUGUUUAGCCAUUUAUCUAUGCUUUAUGUACUGAUAGAAAAGUUUUUAAAUACUUUGAAUCCAAAACAGAUCUGUAAUCAAUAAGGCAGUGUUACCUACCGAGUUUAUUUAUUUAUUCUCCAUUAAAAUCAUCUUAUUGAAAACUGUGGUUUGUUUGCUGAUAUACCAAGCUUUCAAAAGGUUGUUUGUUAAUGCCAAAUUAUUAAGUGUUAUGAUGCAAAUGUUUCUUUUUUGUUUAAAAAAAUAUUUUGUUCCUUUUUUGGCACUGCCUUUAUAUUUGUGAUUGCAAAAUAUUAUUUUCAUUUAUAUGUUAAGUGAUCUAGUAUAAGUGAAGUGUUCAUAUAUUUUUACUUUAAAUUAAAUAUGUAACUAUGAAAUGUGUCUCAAUAAACUUGAAUGAAAAAAAA